AAAUUAAUUAAUAUUAUCUGUUUGUUUUAUCAGAUGGUAAAUGUAGGAAAUAAAAUAGUCUUUCUCAUUCAACCUUGUGAGAGUUCUCAUUAUAAUCAAGAAAUAUGGAGCAAAAAUAUACGACAUUGUGUUUUAAAAACUCUUCAUUUUUUCGAGGGAUCAACGUUAUUUCGGCCCCAUUCGAGUGCGCAAAAUUCCGAUAACUGUCAACUAAAAUGGGCAUACAAAUUUAUGAACUCCGCAGGCCAAAGGUUAUGUAGAAACAAACAAGAUCUUAAAGAAUUCACCGCAUCAGAGUUUUCAUUUUUCGAAGACGAAAUACGCUAUCUCGCAGGCGAGAGCAAAGUCAAUGACAACAAAAAUACAAUAAUACCAGGAGGUGCUCAUGCGUUACAUGAAGAAUUGAUGUCAAUCGUACAUGAUUAUGACUGGGAAAAUUCCAGUAUCAUAUCACCCGUAAAACUCAAAAGAAAAAAUGGAUCAUUCAGUCGGAAAAGUGACAAACAAAAUGCAAAAAGAAAAAUAUCCAAUUCGAUAGCAAAAAUUCAAUUAGAAGGCACAAAAAAUCUUUCUCAGAAUAUCGUUGUUUUGUUAGCUGCUCUUCCUUCGACUGAAGAAGAAAUCAAUUCGUAUUUUGAAUGGCAUGUGAAUGAUGCUGAUUAUGUUUUAAAUAAAUUGAUGCCAUCUCAUCUGAAGUCAUAUUUUCGUGAAAAACAUGAUAUCACACUACUGUGGUAUGACACAAGAACACUGACACAAAACGAUUGUAGUUCAACCCUCGAUGACGAAAUAGGAGCCAAUAUUAUGAAAACUUUUCUUGCGUCAGUAGGAGGAUGUAUGAUUCCAGUGUCAAGGUUAUGCUACAACUUUGAAAUAGAAGAGGUAAAAGAACCAUUAACAUGUGAUUGGAAUUCGACGUGUCUAUCUAGUCUUAUUCCAAUGACAACUUGGCUACAACGGGAUUUAAAAUUUCCUAUGGAAUCGAAACCGGCUGAUGAAAUUCACACUAUUCAUGUCUGCAGAAAACUGUUCGCAUCUGGAAGUUUUCAAAUCCAAAAGAUCUGUACUCUAACCACUUGUGGUUUUGAAAUCGAUAAAGAGGUUAUUAGUGCAAUGCUAUCAGGAGUUGAUUGUUCAAGCUGCGUAUCAAAUAGUAAUUCCAAGAACUCAGCGUGUACUGUAUCGUAUUCUUCAAAUUGUGAGGAAUCAAGAUCCAAACUAUGUGUAAGAUUUAAUGAAAAUUUUUUACAAAAAUGUGAAAAUUCUGUAAAGGAAAAACCACCUGAAACUGUUUUCAUGGUUACUGGGACCUUGCGACAAAAUCACUUGUCACAUCUUUUAAAAUCUCACUUCAUCAGUGGAUUAUAUUUUACUUGGUGUGGAGUAUCUACUGAUAAUACUUGUCUUUCUUCGUCGGAUAUUCUAAUUGUUCGCACUCAUAAGUAUUGUACGAAAUGUGGAUCAGAACCAUCUACUGAUCACUGUGGUGCAGCAAGAUAUGCACUGUUACAAAUCAUGACUUCAAAAUUGGGAUUCAUUGUAUUUUUAAGUUCAACGUCCUCAAAUGCCAUAAUGAAGCUUCUGAAUUCUGAAGUUCCUGGGUGGAUUGAUCUGCCCAUGACUCCACAACAAGAUCAUCAAGUCAACAAUCCAGUCUGCGUUGAACUAGGUGACAAACCACCUUCAACUAUGGUUCCUUUAAAGCCCAAAUCCUUCCAUCCUAGUAUGCUAGAAAGAUGGAGCAAUACGUCAGUGACUGGAACUCUUGAUGAUUUGAUAUUAGAUGAUGUUACAACAAAGAGUAAUGAAAUUCAUGAUGACAUCUUACAAAAAUUGCAAGAUUUAUAUAUGUCCAAGCCUGAUCCAAGCAUAGAAUCAGAGGAAAAGAAAGUAGAUAAUAUUAAAUCAAACUCACCACAGAUUAAAAACUCUGAGUUCGAAUCUGAAGAAAAAAUGAUUGAAAUGUUGAAGAUUGAAUAUAAUAAAGCAUUGGAAUCAGAAAUUAAGAUAUCAAUUGGUGACGUUCCUACACAUUAUUGUGGAGAAGUUGUUCAUAUUGCUCAAUCUAUCGCUUCUGUUGUGUUUCAUCAUGCUCAAAAUACAGAAGAAUCAGAUUGGAAGAAGUUUGGUGAAAGUUUGGUAACGAAACAUUUCAUAUGUUCUGCAAGUGAUAUACGGAGAAAAAAUAUGGAUGCUACCAGCGGAAAACUCCAAGAGUCGAUACUACAAAUUCUCUUGAGGCUAGAAUGUGUGAGUAGACUCCAACCCCUUCAAGAUGAUGCAUUUGAGGAAUUAGUUGAGGAUAUUUGUUCACUUUUGCGACUAAUUUCACUCUCAAUAAGUCCAGAAAUGAUGUUGAGAUGCCUGUCUCAUGUAUUUGUAGAGAAUUAUACAUCCACAUGUGGAGAACUGUUAUGUGAAGUACAUAGUGAACUAAUGCAGCCAAUACCUCUACAAUUGAAACCAUUUUCAAAGGAAGCUAGUGAAGAGAGUGCUGAUAUGACUGGAAUUAAAUCAGUUUUAAGUUCCGUAAUGAGUAAUAACUCAAGUGCUUGUUCUUUCGGUCCUGGAUCUAAUAGCAGCAUGACAAGAAAGCCUAUGCGAAGAAUUUCAUCCUUCACACAACUAGGUCGUCAAAUUGAAGUACCUGGGCUUAUCAAGCAAAAGAGUAGUGCAAGCCUCAAUGAUGAAAGAACUGGAACUGAGAACAUUAAGAGUAGGUUACGAAGUAGCGCCAAGAAAGACAAAAAUACCAAUUUGACAAGCAUGAAAAAAGUUGGUCUAGUUAAGAGAGACUUAUUUUCAGUUGGUGAUGGAGGAAACAAGUCAAGCGGCGGAAAUGUAUCGAAUUUUGAAUCGUCUAACCAGAGGAAACCGAAUCGAAGAAUGUCAGUUAGCGACACACCAGAUUCAAAACAACGUAUGACUGCAUUGUCGCGACAACGCCUUCGGCUGCACAAAGAACAACGUAAUAAAGACGACAAAGAAAUGAUGACGAUAAUUGAAGAAUCACCAAUGAAAUUAGAAGAUGAACCAGUGCAACAGAGAACAGCAAUAAAGAGUCCACGUCAUAAAGUCAUGUUGGCGAGACGUCAUUCAUUUUACUGUGAUGGUCGAGAGUCACGUAACGUCGCUCGAGCAAAAAUAAUUCACCAACACCAACAAGUGGCUCCUUCCACUCCUUCAGUUGAUGGAAAAAAGAAAAAACGGGCGGAAUUAUCAGAUGGAAUAUCACCUAACAGUUUGCUGUUUGUUCACAACAGUCGAAAGAAUUUUGCAUCACCAGUUCGCACAAAACCACUGUUAUCUCUUUGUGAUGACUCACCUGCAAAAAAUACGCGAAGUCAUGCUACGAAAGCUCUUUUUCAGAGUCCUGUGAAAGAAAAGGGGACAAAGGCAUUAUUUCGAAGCCCCAUGAAGCAAAGUGGUGGUUUAACGAAUUGGCCCCAGUCAACUACCCCCAAAAAGAUUAUGAAAGCUAAAACUCCCGUGAAAAUCACUAGCGAUGUGUACAUAAAAGGAAUCAAACCUAUUAUGGAGUCACCAUUAAAAAUUGAACAACAUUUAGGUUGUGAUGUCUCACAUCCUUCUUUUGUGAGUAGCUCAAUGUUAUCGCCAGUAAAAACUCCACUGAAAAGAAAAUCGAUGACACCGAAGGCAAAAAAUCCUCGUAAAAUUGAAACAGUUGGCAAUAACAUAUUGAAAAUGAAUUUGGGGUCAGAUACUGACGAUGCAUGUAAAUAUCCAGAUUUACUCGCUGUUGCAGAUGCUGGGACUGAUGAAAAACUUUCGAAGUCCCAGACUACGCUAGAUUGUUACGUUAUUCGCACACCACGUGAAAAACGAGUUUGUUCAGCAUCUACGGAAAAAUCUCAAGAAUCUAAAAAAAGGAAAUGGUCUGUUGAUACAACCCCAACUCGCGAUGAUAUCAACAAAUGGCCAAGGAAAAAACGAGGUACUGAUAAAUCCUCUCCCGGCAUUGUUUCUAAAAAGGUGAAACGAUCCGCAGAUGAAUUACUCAAAAACAGAGACGCGCUUGCGAAGCUAUUUGAAGAUUGCUUACAAGAUACAGAACCCGAAUCCUUCCAUAAUGAUGUUUUUUCAAGUCCCGACAACGGACUCAUUGUUAUGGAAAGUUGUCAAAGCACAUCGGCUGGAACGUCGAAAAGUUAUUCAGCGGUGAAAGCCCCACCUUUACUACAUGAAAUGCGAUUACGAAAUACAGACACAAAUGAAAACAUUGUUGGCUCACAUGAUUUUCUAACGCUACCUCCAACGCCGAAAUUGCGUUUGGGGAUAUCGCGUCAUCCAACUAAUAAAACAAUAACUUUCAGCAAAUCAAAAAAACAAUCAGCAGAUGAAAUUUGGAACGAAGUUUUUCCUCUUGAUGAACAAGAUGAAAAUUUACCAGAAAUGAAGCCACAUACUAACAUAGUUGGCGAAACUAGUAAACUUUCAGCUCGAUCACUUCUUCAUAUUCAGAACUCACCUAUUUUAACACCCAAUCAAAAAAAGGCAGCUCGAGCAAAAAUGGAUUUCGUAACAUAGCUUGAUUUAUAUAAUGUUCCCCCUUAUAGAAAUAAAUUUCAAUUGACAUGGUCUUGUAAGCAAUUUUUUAAUGGAAAUAUUACAACAAAUACUUUUUAUUCCCCUUCUUUUUCUUCAAUUUUUCCCCUUUUUGGUUCUGAAUGGAUGGACCUCAUUUUCCGAAUACGCUUUGAUACUUCAAACAAGCGUUGCACCUGCCUAUACAUGAUUACCAUAGUAUACAUUUGUUAUUUACUCUGAUGUUUUUUGAUUCAUAAAAUACUGGUGAAUCAUAAUCUUUUGCCAUGUUAUUCCACUACUCAUUGUUGGGAUGUGUUGGUUUUUUCUUCUAUUUACAACUCGAUAUCUACCAUGUCUAUCACAAGAAUUUUUGAUGAACUGUUUUUGAAGUUUUUUUUUUGAGACUUUUUUCUGAUAUUUUUCAUACAAUAUGACAAUACAUAGUUUUUGUUUUAUUUUAGCGUUAUAGGGAUAGAAGAGAGAGCGUGA